CGGGGACGGUUCAUACCAGCAGAGUACGACACAACAAAGAAAGUAGCUAUCUAUUCCAAGAUGAAAGUACCAACGCUUCUCAGUGCAGCUUUUUUGGUAGCUGCUUUGACACUAAGCCAAGCCUCGUCUGGUCGCGACGAUGAAAUGUUCGAAUUUGCCAGAAGGAAACUUGACAAAGUUUCCACGACAGUAAGGAAAAGCUGGAGAGUGAAAUCAGUUGCACCUCUUCCAGGAAAAAGAAGAAGAGUCAUUUCUACUGGGUUGAAUAAUCAGUAUCUGAGUGCUCGCAUGCAAGUAAAUAAAGCCAUGGCAGAGGCACAUGGUAUGCAGCGUACCUUUUCUGAUGGUAUGAUCAAGUCCACUGCACUCCUUGCGGCACGAUCAAAGAAAACCACGCAGGCCCUUUCCGCGGUUGGUCUCGGUCUUUACAAUGACUAUCAGAAGUACGAGGACUGCCAGAAGAAAGGGUCCAAGGGAUGUGAGGCUCCGGCAGGUAUCGUCGAUCAGUUGAGAAGCCUUCUUGGAGACGCAGGAUUCGAUGAUCUAAUGAGCGUCAAUGGAGAUGUAUCGCUUGUGUUCGCCAUUGACACGACCGGGAGCAUGGGAGAAGAGAUCACAGCAGCUAAAAACAUCAUUCACGCCAUAGCCAGUUACCCACGUGAGGGAAAUGUGAAUUAUAUCUUGUCACCAUUCAAAGAUCCAGGUACAGGUCCUGUAACCAAACAUACCCUCAUAAACCAGUUCAAGGCCAAGGUGAAUGGGCUAUCUGCCUCAGGUGGCGGCGAUUGCAAAGAACUCACGAUGCACGGAAUAAUUGAUGCUAUCAAUAAGGGUGUUCCUCGUAGAAAAUCCCCCAUAUUCGUCUUUACCGACGCUGGGCCAAAAGAUGAAGAGUUUAGUGAAGAAUACAACACAGAGAACGCGGUGGGAUUAGCCUUGGACCAGGAUUCGCCCAUCAACUUCUUUUUCAGCACCAGUCCAGGUAGUUGUCAAAAGCCGCAAACCUUUGAAUCUUUCCAAAGACUGAUUGAAGAAACCGAAGGUAUUGGAGUCAUGUUCAACUCUGGAAGUAAAAUCAGCGAAAUGAGUGACGUUGUCAUGGCAUCACUAGAUGGUAUGACGACAAUCAAAUCAGGGGGUACAGGACGAAGAGGACCCCCGUCUCGCAGGGUGAUACCUCCAGUAGGAGGACCUUCCUUCUCAAAGAGAUACGCCAUACCCGUUGAUGAAACAGUCGACAAACUCAUCUUGGUCAUUACAGUGCAGCGCAAUCCACAGUUUGUUCAAUUACAAGAUCCACGCAACAUAGCUGUUGCCAUCACGCACCGAUUGUCUUAUGGAGCUGUUUGGGUCAUCAAUCGACCAAGGCGAGGAACGUGGGGCCUGGUUGUACCCAGUAGUGUUGGUAGCCACAGCUUUAAAGUCACAUCAAGCAGUCGAGUCAAUAUUGAUUUUGAUCACUACUUCUUUUGGACCUUACCGAGGUACAGGAGUGUAGAAAUCCCCAUAACUCAUCCUUUGAAGAACACACUUGCCAGAGUAAAACUACUAAUCCCGCUGAAGGAGAAGUUAAACAUAAACAGCCUGAUCGUGGACGUAAUUCGCGUGGAUGAUGGAACGAUUAUAAAACGUGCUUCUCUCAGUGGAAUCACCGCCUCGUUCCACCCGCCAUCCGAACCCUUUAAACUACGCCUCAGGGGCUUGACCGCCAGUGGAUUCCCUUUUGAGCGUAUCUCACGUACAGUCAUCCGUGCUAAGUCAACUAUUAUCAGAAUGGUCUACAAUCGUAAUUACUUGACUCUACCAAGUGGGCGCGCUCGUUUAUCGGUGCGGUUUGCAAUCCACAAUAAUGGCCCCACGACCCAUUUUGAUUACCGGCUUACUACGACGGUACGCGGUAUUACGAUAGCUCAACCCAGGGCAUCUCGAUUUCCCGUAUCGUUGGGUAAAUAUCGGUACUUUUCUGCCCGGAUUACUGUGUCUUCGCGCUUGAGUCCUGGUACAUUGGUACCUGUGGUGGUCACGGCUAAAAAACGAUCGACUCGCAAGACUGAAGCUAGUUUACGUGUUCACUUUAUCAUCACCGCAAGCAGACAUUAGCUAUUCGGGGCCGAUAGUGAGACAGUUGCCCGCAACUUAAAGUAAAGAACCCUCAGUUGUGAAGGCACUGAAUAGACAUGCAUUCAAUCAAAAGAAAUCUGCUUCGAACCUAACAAAUUACAAUGUAUUUUAGUUUAAGCAAUAAAGUGUUUUAUACGAAA